CCUGAAGAUUGCAGCCACGGAGCUUUGAGUGCCCCAUGUUGUCGUCGACGCGUCUGCCGCGAUCCGUAGGACACGCAUUAUGGCGCCGGGCGUUCUCUACCGCGCCGGAGCUGAAAUCCCCUGCGUUGAAUCUGCGCAAGAAUGUGUUUGCCGAGUUUUCGGGGCUUGCCGUUGCCCACAACUCGCUCAACCUGGGCCAAGGCUUCCCAUCCUAUGGCACGCCUUCGUUUAUGAAGGAAGCUGCGAUCGAGUUCAUUCAGCAAGAGCAAAACCAGUACACCCGGCCGGGUGGCAAUCCGCAGCUGGUCAAGGUUUUGGCAGACGUGUACUCGCCGUGGUACAAGCGUGAGCUGAACCCCAUGACCGAGAUCGUCACGUUCACCGGCGCGCAAGAGGGCAUUUUCUGCAUCUUCUUGUCGCUGCUGUCCCAGGGCGACGAGGUGCUGGUUAUCGAGCCUUUCUUUGAUGCGUACAUCAACAUUGCGCUGCUCUUGGGCGUCAAAACGGUGGGUGUGCCGUUGGAAAUGAACGCCGCGACCAAGGCCAAGUACAACGAUCCGCACUGCUACGACAAGUUUAGCUCCAAGGACUUGACCAUCGACCUCGCCAAGCUCGAAGCGUCCAUCACGCCCAACACAAAGAUGAUCGUGCUCAAUACGCCCCACAACCCCACGGGCAAAGUCUUCUCCAAGGACGAGCUGGAAGGCAUCUUGGGCGUCCUCGACCGCCAUCCGCAGAUCAUCAUUCUGUCGGACGAAGUGUACGAAUUUGCGUGUUUUGAUGGGACCCCCCACGAGCGCAUUGCCACGUAUGACGGCAUGUUUGAUCGGGUGAUUUCGCUUUUCAGCGCCGGCAAGACGUUUUCAUGCACGGGUUGGCGUGUGGGGUAUGCGAUUUUGCCCCAAAAGUACGCCGACCUCGUGGCCAAGACCCACAGCGCGAUCCCAUUUUGCGGUGCGUUGCCGUUUGAAUUGGCCGUGGCCAAAGGGUUCCAAGCCGCGGCGACGAAUGGGUAUUUGGACCAACUGCCCAAGCUCCUCGAGAAAAAGCGCGAUACGGUCGUGGACGCGCUCGAGAAGGCCAACUUAAAGCCGAUUGUGCCCGACGGCGGGUACUUCGUGUGCUGCAACGUGUCGAGUUUGUCCUCGUACGACGAGUUCAAGCACUUGGAGACAGUCGAGAACCUCCCCGCCGAGGAACGCCCCGACUACCAAAUGGCCAAGAAGAUGUGCAUUGAGCAAGGCUUGACGGUGAUCCCAACUUCGCCAUUCUACUCAAACGUGAGCAACCAGCCGUCGCCCGCAUUGGUGCGCAUUGCAUACUGCAAGGACGACGCGACGAUCGACGGAGCUGUCAAGUUGAUCGAGUCAUUCAAGCAACAACCGUAGCGUUCUACUGCAGUCGGAUCGAGUUACAUGGAUACUAGUACUCCGGAGUAUCAAGCAAGCAUGACUGACGCUCUUGGCUUUGCUGAACGUAUGUUACUCAACCAAGGCAAGACUAAAUACUACGUACGAUACUAUUACAAUUUGGA